GCGAUUAGUUGUGCAGUGUGAGUCUGCCUGUUGAACACAGAGAGCAGUGAUCGGUGGGGCGAGCCGGGAACUGACAACUAACAACCAGAGCCGAACCGGAUCUCUACUCCUCGACAGCAUGGCUAACGUCACCAAGAAAGUGUCGUGGUCCAGCCGGGACGAGGGAACCUGGGAGAGCACUCCGCUUUUAAACGGAGCUGGGAAAGACACUGCGCGGUACUCCAGACAGUUUUUGGGGAGGCUGAGUGCCGUGGAUCUUGAUGACCAGAGCAGUGAGGACACAGAAACAAGUUGUCUGAAGGAAAUCCCACACAGUGGAAAACUCCUUUCCUCAAAAUACGAGAGCCUGGAUUAUGAUAACAGUGAGAACCUGCUGUUUCUGGAGGAGGAGAGGCGGAUGAGCUCCACGGAGUUUCGCAUGCUGGAGAUCAGCCGUUGGGUGGUGUGUGCUCUCAUUGGCAUCCUCACUGGCCUCAUCGCCUGCUUCAUCGACAUCGUGGUGGAGCAGCUGGCUGGGGUCAAAUACAAUGUGGUCAAACACAAUAUCGAUACAUUCACUGUUGCUGGUGGUCUCUCCAUAUCGCUCAUGCUGUGGGCUGCUCUCAACGCAGCCAUCGUCAUGGUCGGUUCUAUCAUGGUUGCCUUCUUUGAGCCAGCAGCUGCUGGAAGUGGCAUUCCACAGAUCAAGUGCUACCUCAAUGGCGUGAAGAUUCCCCAUGUGGUUCGGCUGAAGACCCUUGUUAUCAAAGUGUUUGGAGUGAUCUGCUCUGUAGCUGGAGGUCUUGCAGUGGGAAAGGAAGGGCCGAUGAUCCACUCUGGAGCUGUUAUAGCUGCUGGCGUUUCCCAGGGCAGAUCCACGUCUUUAAAGAGAGAUUUUAAGAUCUUCGAGUACUUCCGCAGGGACACAGAGAAGAGAGAUUUUGUGUCGGCAGGAGCAGCUGCUGGAGUGUCAGCUGCAUUCGGUGCCCCAGUCGGUGGGGUGCUCUUCAGUUUGGAGGAAGGGGCUUCAUUCUGGAACCAGAUGUUGACGUGGAGAAUUUUCUUUGCGUCCAUGGUGUCCACGUUCACCCUGAACUUCUUCUUGGGUAUCUACCACGGCAAGAUGGGAGACCUGUCGAACCCGGGUCUCAUCAACUUCGGGAGGUUCGAGAACGAGGCCAUGGAGUACAACGUGUACGAAAUUCCUCUCUUCAUAUUCAUGGGAGUAAUAGGCGGUAUUCUUGGCGCAAUCUUUAACACCUUCAACUACUGGCUGACGAUCUUCAGAAUCAGGUAUAUUCACCGGCCCUGCCUGCAGGUGAUGGAGGCUGUUCUGGUAGCGGCUGUGACAGCCACCGUUUCCUUUGCUAUGAUUUACUUCUCCAAUGACUGCCAGCCUCUGGGGGAGGACCAUCCAGAGUAUCCCUUACAGCUGUUCUGCUCGGACGGGGAGUACAACUCGAUGGCCACAGCUUUCUUCAACACACCAGAGAAGAGCGUGCGAAGCCUGUUUCAUGAUCCUCCAGGCUCCUACAACCCCCAGACCCUGGGCCUCUUCACACUCAGCUAUUUCCUGCUGGCCUUCUGGACCUAUGGACUGACCGUGUCCGCAGGAGUGUUCAUCCCCUCCCUCUUGAUCGGAGCAGCCUGGGGCAGACUCUUCGGGAUCCUCCUGGCCACAAUGACAAACGGAUCUAUUUGGGCUGAUCCUGGGAAGUACGCAUUGAUAGGAGCAGCGGCUCAGCUUGGUGGGAUCGUUCGAAUGACUCUCAGUCUGACUGUCAUCAUGGUGGAAGCGACGGGAAACGUCACCUAUGGCCUUCCCAUCAUGCUGGUGCUGAUGACCGCGAAAAUAGUCGGCGAUUACUUUGUGGAGGGCUUGUAUGACAUCCACAUUAAGCUGCAGAGUGUCCCGUUCCUGCAUUGGGAAGCCCCAGCCACCUCCCACGCUCUCACUGCCCGGGAGGUGAUGAGCUCUCCAGUGACGUGUUUCAGCAGGUUAGAGAAAGUGGGCAACAUCGUGGAUGUUCUCAGUAACCCAACGAUGAAUAACAACGGCUUCCCGGUGGUCAGCGAGUUCAGUGCCAGCGCUGAGCCUGGAAGACUCCGUGGUUUAAUUUUGCGAUCACAACUGAUUGUUCUUCUGAAGCACAAGGUGUUUGUGGAGAGGGCCCACUCCAGCCUCAUUCAGAGGAAGCUGCAGAUGAAGGAUUUCCGGGACGCCUACCCUCGCUUCCCCCCGAUCCAGUCCAUCCACGUGUCCCAGGACGAGCGCGAGUGCAUGAUGGACCUGAGCGAGUUCAUGAACCCCACGCCCUACACCGUGCCCCAGGAUACCUCCUUGCCUCGUGUGUUCAAACUCUUCCGAGCUCUGGGGUUGAGGCACCUGGUAGUGGUGGAUGAGGAAAACAGGGUCGUGGGGCUUGUGACGAGGAAAGACCUGGCCAGGUAUCACCUGGGCAAAAACGGUCUGGAGGAGAUGCCGUUCUCACAGACGUGAGGCCUGGGGCGUGCUGUCGACAUGCAGGCAGAGAGAGAGAGAGAGAGAGGGGGGGAGAGGGGGAGAGGCUGCCCGGCUGCGGGCGUUGAAGAGACAGCCUUCAGCACUCGCAUGGAUCAGCAGGGCUGGGGGGUUCUUCCAGUUAGGAAACGUUAGAAUGUCUUACACAUUCCUAACCCAGCCAUCCUUAAAAAUGUGUGUUUUUAAUUUUAAAAAUAAUAUUAGGAGUUUUCCCUUUUAUGAUGACGCUAAAUCUGUUUUUCUGUUGUAUUUUGCACAAUGAGCUAGGUUUGUUAAUUGGGAUUUUAAAACUUUGAUUGAUCAAGCACCUUGUCUUUCUGAUCUGGUAGUCUGAAAAGGCACUGGGUUAAUUCCUACUGAAAGAACCUAGACUUACCAGGAGGCAAAUUGCAACAAGCUGGAAAACACAGCUUAUAAGUAAAGCAUUAAU